CCGUAGUCCUUAUCCGGCGCCGAGUGUGGUCAAACGUCGCAAGAGUUUUCGCUCUUUCCGGUGAGAUCUUUUUCCUCUGAUUUCUGUUUCAUGGCAAGCCUACUUUUAGAGCUGAGUUUAAUCGAUGAAUCAAGGAUGUGAAUUUUUGUUAUUUCUUGAUUAUUCAUUAUUAUGUUCAAGAAAUCUAAAUCUCUGCUUGGGAACUAAUUCACAAUUUAGACAUCUCUGAUGAGUUUUUCCUCUGUUUUUUAUUUCUAUCUUAUCAAUUUUGUUUCUGGAAAUUUUCAUGGCUUUUUGAAUGUUCAUUGGGAUUGCGUAUCUUGGUGGUGGUAAGUAAAAAGUCAAACGCCUUCGUUUUUCUGCAUAAUCUCUGAGUUCCAUCAAAGCUCUGUUUUGUGUUUUCAAGGUGGACUUUUCACUUGACAUGUUAGGCUUUGAUCCUUUUUUGUUCACACAGAUAGACAAAUGGAUGAAUUGCCAGACCAUUUGGUUUGGGACAUUCUCAGUAAGCUUCAUACUACCGAUGACAGAAACUCGCUUUCACUCUCAUGCAAACGUUUCUUCUCGCUGGACAACGAGCAAAGAUACUCUCUGCGGAUUGGUUGCGGUUUAGUUCCUGCAUCCGAUGCAUUGCUUUCUCUCUGCAGGAGGUUUCCAAAUCUUUCCAAAGUGGAGAUUAUAUACUCAGGCUGGAUGUCAAAACUUGGCAAACAAGUUGACGAUCAAGGCCUUCUUGUCCUGACCACAAACUGUCAUUCUCUCACUGAUCUCACUCUGAGCUUCUGCACCUUCAUCACCGAUGUUGGCAUAGGCCAUUUGUCGUCGUGUCCAGAGCUUUCUUCGUUGAAGUUAAAUUUCGCUCCCAGGAUCACUGGUUGUGGUGUGUUGUCACUUGCUGUAGGAUGCAAGAAACUCAGGAGACUUCAUCUCAUUCGAUGCCUAAACGUUGCAAGUGUAGAGUGGUUGGAGUAUUUCGGAAAGCUUGAGACUUUAGAAGAACUCUGUAUCAAGAACUGCAGAGCCAUUGGGGAAGGUGAUUUGAUCAAGCUGAGGAAUAGCUGGCGAAAGCUGACAAGUCUGCAGUUUGAGGUAGAUGCCAAUUACAGGUACAUGAAGGUUUACGACCAGUUAGAUGUGGAACGGUGGCCCAAACAGUUGGUUCCCUGUGACAGUCUGGUGGAGCUCAGCCUCGGUAACUGCAUCAUAGCUCCUGGUAGAGGGCUCGCUUGUGUGCUGAGAAAUUGCAAGAACCUGGAGAAGCUUCAUCUGGACAUGUGUACCGGUGUCAGCGACUCAGACAUCAUAGCAUUGGUUCAGAAAGCUAGUCACCUAAGAAGCAUCUCGCUCCGUGUCCCGUCCGAUUUUACUCUGCCUCUCUUAAACAACAUCACGUUAAGAUUAACCGAUGAAAGCCUCAGCGCCAUAGCUCAACACUGCUCAAAGCUCGAAUCUUUCAAGAUAUCUUUCUCAGACGGUGAAUUCCCUUCCCUCUUCUCUUUCACACUCCAGGGGAUAAUCACUCUGAUCCAGAAAUGCCCAGUACGCGAGCUUUCUCUUGACCAUGUGUGUGUAUUCAACGACAUGGGGAUGGAGGCUCUAUGUUCAGCUCAGAAACUUGAGAUCUUAGAGCUUGUCCAUUGCCAAGAAGUGAGCGAUGAGGGGUUGAUUCUGGUGAGCCAGUUUCCUUCUCUCAAUGUGUUGAAGUUAUCAAAAUGUCUGGGAGUGACAGACGAUGGAAUGAGACCACUUGUUGGAUCUCACAAGUUGGAGUUGCUUGUUGUUGAAGAUUGUCCUCAGGUUUCAAGAAGAGGUGUUCAUGGUGCUGCAACGUCUGUCUCGUUUAAGCAAGAUUUGUCAUGGAUGUAUUGAGAUCGUAUGAUUUGCUUCCUAUGUACAAUUUUACUCAUGUGUAAGUAAGUGUAAAUGUUCGAUCUUUGGGACAGAAAAAUUACUAAUGCCUCAGUGAUGAUCAAGUUUAAAAUGACGUCAUAGCAGUUGUAUAUAAACAGUCAUGGAUGAUGUAAUGUUGUUACUCUUUAAUUUAAUGGUGCGUUUU